CCAGCAAAACCGAUCCUUCUCCUUUUCCGUGACAACGGCGCGCACACACCAAUCCCCGAGCAAAGCAAAGGCCAAACCAGACCACAACACAGCGCAAAAAUCUUCCCAUCUCCUUCCUCCUCCUCAGCCCCCUCCCCCCGCCUCGCUCGCCCCCUCGCCCCAGAUCCGCGGCCAUGGCGUCGCGCCGGCGAAUGCUCCUCAAGGUCAUCAUCCUCGGCGACAGCGGGGUCGGGAAGACGUCGCUGAUGAACCAGUACGUCAACAACAAGUUCAGCAACCAGUACAAGGCCACCAUCGGCGCCGAUUUCCUCACCAAGGAGGUCAAGAUCGACGACCGCCUCUUCACUCUACAGAUAUGGGACACGGCAGGACAGGAACGUUUUCAGAGUCUUGGUGUGGCGUUUUAUCGGGGAGCUGACUGUUGUGUUCUUGUAUAUGAUGUCAAUGUUACCAAGUCAUUUGAAAAACUCAACAACUGGCGUGAGGAAUUUCUAAUUCAAGCUAGCCCGUCAGAUCCAGAGAAUUUUCCUUUUGUUUUACUUGGAAACAAGAUUGAUGUUGAUGGUGGUAACAGCAGGACUGUUUCUGAGAAAAAAGCUAAAGCUUGGUGUGCUUCCAAGGGAAACAUCCCUUAUUUUGAGACGUCUGCUAAAGAAGGCUUCAAUGUGGAAGCAGCUUUCGAGUGUAUAGCAAGGAAUGCCAUCAAGAAUGAACCUGAAGAAGAUAUAUAUCUCCCUGAUACAAUCGACAUGGGCGGUGCUGGAAGGCAACAACGCUCGUCAGGUUGUGAAUGCUAGAAGAUACGGAUCCUCAGUGUCGGUGCUCUUCCGGAGUUUGAUAUAUAUUUAGUUUGAAAGCUGCUAUCUUGUAUCGGUUGCUACAUAUGGUUGUCUAGUAUUCACUCCCUUCCAGCGAGAUGGGAGAAAUUUCAUUCGUAAGUUCUGAUUCUUUCUAUGAGCGUUAGAUGGUAUAGAGCUGGCAUUCUUUUUAGUUUUUGCGAGGUUUUGGUUGUCGUGGUGCGUACAUAUCUCAGAAAGAUCAAAUAUAUAUUUAUGAAGAUUGUAAAUGUACAGAAGAACGGCCCAACAUUCCUGGUUUCCUGUUCUAACCAUUUUGAUGGUAGAUCCAAAUCUAUAACCAUAUAUGGUUCUUCUUUUA